GUUUUCCACUGCUUUCUUUUAGUUAGGACUACGUGUCCCAGGAUGCAGUUCCACCCCUCCGGUCCCCUAGUAGCUAUCUCCAAGUGUUGCAGUCAGUGUUUGGAGAAAGUUGUUCAGGCUUAUCAAAGUUUUGGCUUUGUUGCAAAAGCAAGUCAAGACUUAACUCUUCUCUGGUGAACAAGUGUGCAGAUUGUGACAUAUGUCGAUCCAAGAAAUAUAUAAACAUGCAGUUCUCCCUCCCAUCAUUAGUAGAAGUGACAAGGAAUUUUUGGAAAGUAUGCAAAGAUACAUAAUCACAGAAACUGAAAGAGUGGGCUGUAAUGAGGAUGGACCUGCUGAUGAAUAUUACAUCAUAUACCGAAACGUUUUUGAUAAGGUAAUAGAGUAUGUCGCUGCAUACAAAUCCAUUCUUACUUCAAUCAAAAAAGAAUAUGAUGCUUUUAUUGAGACAAUGAAGGAAAGCCAAAGAACUGUAUUUUGUCUUCAUGGAAAACUUAAAGCUUUGGCAGCAGAGCCCAUGGCACUGGUGUAUCACAGGAAAAGAACAAUCCAACUUGAAGCCAGAAUGAGGGCUAUUGAAAAUAAUUCCUCAAAGAUUCAAUCGCAAAUAGACAAAAUGAAACAACUUAGGGCAGAAUAUGAUGCAAAAGAAGUAAGAUAUCAUACUUUCUCCAAAGAUCCUUCAAAACCUAUUCCAGGCAUGACUCUCCAAGAAUCCGUCAGUUUAGUUGCUCUCACUAAAUACCUGAAACAUCUCGAAGAUAAAUAUGCUGAAAUUAAACAGGCUAUGUUGAAAAAAUAUGUACCAGUUCAGAGGAAGGCAGAGUUAGAUGAGGAAAUGAUUGUGACAUUAAAACGGAGAGAUUUAGCUGAAAAUCUGAACAAAGAAUUACAAUUUCGUCAUCAAAGACUGCUGAUUAUUUCAAAUACACUUACUUCUUGGGUAAAAUCUGAUAUGAGCAGCUCAUUUCAAGAAUUUGUGGAGCAAAUUCAGAAAACUCAAAGUUUGCAUGUAAUUACAGGUGACGAAGGCAUUGUUGAGGAACUGCUUGAAGACGAUCCAGGCAAGGCAAAAGAAGCUGAAAUUUUGCUUUGCUACAUUGAAAGGUUCAAUGAAUUAAUAUUGCUUGGUGAAUAUGAAAAGGCAGCUUGUUUUGCAGCAAACAGUCCUAGAAGAAUUCUUCAAAACAUUGAGACAGUGAAUAAAUUUAAGGCUGUUGGAAAGAUUAGAGGCAAGCCUUUUCCAUUACUCUUAUUUUUUGAGGCCAUCUUUAGCACAAGUCAUGCUUGUAGACGUCCUAUUGAUGCAGAACUAACCCUGGAAGGAAUCAAAUGUGGAUUAUCUGAAAAACGUUUAGAUUUAGUUAUCAAUUGGGUCACCCAGGAAAGGGUCACAUUUUCUGAAGAGUUAGGAGAUGUGAUUUGUGAUUAUGGGGAACAGGAUACUUACAACAAGGCCAAGUGCCUGGCGUUAGCUCAGAUGAUCUACAGUGAAUGUGGCCUGCACAAGAAAGCUCUUCUUUGCCUAUGUAAACAGGGUCAGAUUCACAGGGCCAUGGAAUACAUACUGCAAUUCAAGGACUUUACUUAUGAUGACCUGAUGCAGUUAAUAAAGUUAUGUCCCCACACUGAAUUAAUUCAGUGUCUCACUAGAGAAUGGAACGGGAAACCACCAUCUUUAUCUUUUGGUCUUGUUAUACUUCAUCUGUUUUCUGUAGAUAUGAAAAAAGUUGGCAUUAAGCUACUUCAAGAAAUAAGUAAAGGUGGGAAAGGUAUAGUUGAACAUCUUAUGAUAAAUGAUCCAUUUUUCUCAUUAGAAAACUGGCAAGAAAUGGCAAAUAUAUGUUUACAGAAUGGCUUUGACAAAUUAUCUCAUGAUAUCAUGUCCAUUCUUCAAUCUCAGGCUGGAGUUACAGAAAUUUCUGAAGAGGAUGAUACAGUCAACUUAAUGGAACACGUUUUUUGGUAGUUCUAUGUCUUAACCAGUUGAGGGAGCUUAUAUAACAUUUUAUGUGUGUUGGUUGGGCAAACUGAUUUUGGCAUAACUAAUUUAAAAAUAAAUCUAAAGUAUGAAGCUCUCAGAAAUAAAUUGUGCUGCUUUUGUUAUGAUGACAUUUAUACCAUUGCUUUCUUUUUUUCUGUAUGGUCAUUUCUGAUAUUGAAUCUUGAUAAAAUCCAAGAGUAUAAUUUUGUAUGAAACUCAGUUUAGGCACAUCUAUCUAAGGGCAUAGCUAAUGUCUAGAUGUAUUUCUUUCUGGGGAUCUAAUUUUAUAGCAAGAACUGAGGAAGGUGUGAAUAGUAUCCUGUCAGACUAAUUUCCCAGAUAACGAAUGCUUCAAGACUGAUUUUUAACAAGAAAGGCAGGAUGUCAUUUCAAGGUUGGACUCACUGGUGAGAACCUACAAUAUAGUAAUUUUAUACUACUGAUUUAAAGAUGUGCCCCUUGCUUUGGUAUAUGUAAAUGGCAAAUGUUAGGCUUCUACUCUAAAAAUUGGGAAUCUUAGCAUGUUCUUACUUAGAGAGAAGACCAGCCAAAUUUUGCAUGAUGUAGACCUGUAGGUAUGAAAAAUAUGUUUUGGAUGAUUUCAAAUGUCUGAAUAAGUAAGUGAUGGAAUACUCAGAGUUCCGUGUCAUAGACAGGUAGUAUAUUCAAAAUGUUUAGUGAUCAGUAUGGCAUGGGCACCCCUAGUCAAACAGAAAAGAUACCCAACUAAUCAUAACAGCUUUUAGCUUUUAUGCCAUACCAGCUGAAUGUGAGCCUUGAUCAUAGAACAUGGUAACAAUGAACUGCUGUUAGAUGGAGUCAGAGUAAAAAGUCAAUUUUCCCCUACUUAAUUUAUGUGUCUGUUUUUUACUCUAUAGCGGAAAGAAUAUGAACUUGGAAUCAGACAGUCUUGUAUUCAAAUUCUGGUCUUACCUCUUUACCUCUUCUUUGCAAAAUGUGGGCAGUAAUAUCUCAUCUAAAGGUUUGCCAUGAGGAUUAGUGAUAUGUUUGUGUAAUGUAAGUAUAUAACGUAAUUGAGGAAUUUCAUAGAAGAUAACUUAUUUCUAUGUAAUAGGUCCCAGAAAUACAUAUUCCUCUACUUGGCUUAUAUUUACUAAAUCCCACAUAUCUAUCCAUUUGCAGUUGUGUAAUUAUCCUUCUUUGGAGUAUUUGCUAUGUCGACAUACCUUAUUGCCUAUAUUGAGCUACGUGUCCUCGCUUAUAUUAGGGUCGCUUGGCAUAUCUUACAAAUUUUGAAGAAUACUGGCUGAGUUCUUAGUUUUUCCACAUUUUGCUAAACACAGACUGUGUAAUGCAUAAUUAUAGCUUUCUAAAACAUAAUAUUUUUUAAAGUAAUACAUGUACACAAUUUAAAAAGCAAUGUAUUACUCAAAGGUUUAUAAUAACUAAUAAUAUUUUGAUUUCUGGCCUCCACAUUAGCUGUGAUCUUUGAAAAAAUGAUGAAGGAUGGAAAAAAAGAAGGGAAAGAGAAAAGAUAGUUCAGCAGCCUUGAUUUUUUUUAAAACUUUUUAAGAUUUUUAUUUAUUUUUAGCAGUAUUGAUUUUUAAUGUCAACGGCUUAAAAACUUUUUUUUUUCUUUGAGACUUGUACAUUGACAGAACUUAGGAAAAUAAUGUGUCCAUGAAAGCCAGGAGAACAAAGUAGGAACAUAAAUGUGGAAAAAGCUUGAAACAGCAGCUGUUGUUGUUACUGUUAAUUUUGCUUUGGUUUUAAAAUGUUUUUCUUCCCCUCAUUAUUAUUCCUUCUCUGUUAGCAUUACCUUUGGCAGUUUUCCCAAGGAAUGUGAAACUUGUCAAGUGAAUAUAAAUUAGAAUGUCUGGAGAUAGAGUUGGGAGGAAGAACAAGAAUAUGAAGUCACAUGGGGGAAGGAGAAGGCGUUGAGCUGUGAGCUGCACAGGGUGGGCAUGGAAGCAGUCAGAACCUCCAGUGAGCUGAACUGAGAGACGUGGAAUGUGAGCUCUUGGCCUAUUAGCCUGCGUUCUAGACCAACUCUGCCACAGCCUGGCUUUGUGUCCUUUUCCUCAUGAAUUUAUUUUGACUAGAUAAUUCCUCUUGUCAUUUUUAACUCAAAAAUUCUGUAAUUCUGCAAAGGUACAAAUGAUUCCCCAGUACUUUUUGACCUUCUGCCUCCCUUUGAAAUGCCAAGAUUCAGCAUCAGAAUCAAUGACACAUACUGAAUACCUAUUUUGUGGAUGGUCUCUGCUAUCAAGAUUACGGCUUCAGUGGAAAGACACAACAUGCUUUUUAUUUUUUAUUUUUUUAUUUUUAAUGAUUUUAUUUAUGUAUUUGAGAGAGAGGGAGAGAGCACGCAUGAGCAGGGGGCAGGAGCAGAGAGACAGGGAGAAGCAGACUCCCCACUAAUCAGGGCUCUGUUCCAAGAGCAGGGGAUCAUGACCCGAGCCGAAGGCAGAUGCUUAACUGACUGAGCCACCCAGGUGCCCCAAGACACAGCAUACUUUUAAAAAUAAUUAACAUCAGUUCCUUAGUAUCACUAAUAUCCAGUCCAUAUUCAAAUUUCGCCGGUUGCUUAAAAAUGCCUUUUCAUAAUUGAAUUGUUUCAAUUAGGAUCUAAGCAAGGUUCAAGUGUUUUGUUCGGGUUGUUGUAACUCUACAUCUCGAGUUAUGCCACCUCUCCUCCCUUAUUUUUCUCUUGCCAUUGACUGGUUGGACUGGCUGGUGGUUAACUGGGAAUGUUCCACGUCCCAGAUUUGUCUGAUUGGUAUUUUUCCAUAUGGUAUUACUUAAUUUGUUCUUCUAUUUCCCAUAUUUCCUAUAAAUGGGGGUUAGUUCUAAAGACUUGACUAGAUUUAGAUUCAGCUAUUUUGGCAAGGAUACUUAUAGGUAUGUUGAGUACUUCACAUUUUAUCAUAUUACGAUGUACUAAGUGUUUGGUUGUCUCAUUGCUUCUUGAGAGAGUCCAAAAUCCUUAACAUGGCCUGCAUGAUCAGGAUUCCAGCUGCCCCUCAGCCUCUUUCCUACUGUAUUCCUCCCUUUCUUGGCCAGAUGUGUGCUUUCUUUUUGUUCCUCUUGUAAGGCACGGUGGCUAAAUGUGGUAUCUCUCCUGAUUGGAUGGGGGCCCUCCAAAGUGGGGUGAGAUCAGUUAGAUGCCAGUGCUGCAGGCGGUGAAAGGAUUCACCCAAAGCACAACAAAGGAGAUAGAAGUUUACUGAAUACACUGCAAGGGAGCGUGUAGCCGGACAGCAAAGGGGAGGCUAUCAGCAAGGAGGCAGUGGGUUGGGGCUGAAUUUAAAGGUGAGGAAGGUGAGGAGGUGUGGUGAUAUAUGGAAUCUUCUCUUUUUUGGUAACUGUGCCUGGUUGUAAGUAGCCUAUUGAUCAGUUAUGGCCUGUGAAUAUUUUCAGGUGGGUCACAGAUGCGCCCGUAUGUAUUCAGCCAGGGGUUUGCUCUGGGCCCUUUCUACACUCCUUUGCUCAAGCCUUUUGCCUAAAAACAGCAAGUGUGUGUGAACAGUGGGAGGGGCAGAGGGAGAAGGAGAGAAUCUCCAGCAAAUUCUCUUCCGGGCAUAGGGAGCCCUAUGCCAAGCUUGAUCCCAAGACCCUGAGAUCAUGAUCUGAGCUGAAAUCAAGAGUCAGACGCUUAACCCACUAGCCACCCAGAUGCCCCUAAAAUAUGCUAUUUAUUUUAUCUGGAACGCUCAUCCCUUUGUUUUUAUCUAGUCAAUAAUUUCUUUUACUUCAAUUCUUAGCUUAGUUAAAACUUCCUCAGGGAAGCCGUUCAUGAAUUCCUUAAUUUAGUGCUAAUUUUCCCUUUUAUAGGCUGUCUUUUAUUGCUAUCAUGGUUGUGGUCAGGGACAAUACUUUUUUUUCCCCCUAAAUACAUAAAUUUUACUAAUGACUAUGAAGAGAAAUUGAUGGUAAUACAAUAAUAAUAGGGAACUUCAACACUAUACUUACAUCAAUGGAGAGAUCCUCCAGACAGAAAAUCAAUAAGGACAAAAUGCCUUUGAAUAACAUAUUGGACACGAUGGACAUAACAUAUACAGAAUAUUCCAUCCCAAAACAACAGAACACACACUCUUGUCAAGUGCACAUGGAACAUUCUCCAGAAUAUAUCACAUAAUAGGCAAUAAAACAUACCUCAAUAGAUUUAAGAAGACUGAGAUCAUACCAUGCACCUUUUCUUUUUUUGUUUUUGUUUCUAAUGUUCUUUUUAAAAGAAUUUAUAUUCAAUUAGCCAACGUGUAGUACAUCAUUAGUUUUUGAUAUAAUGUUUGUGAUUCAUUGGUUGUGUAAUU